AUGGCGCCUGCUGGAAAAAACACAACACCAGGGAGGAGAAAGAGGACCGACAAUCAAUACUUCGAUGUGGGCAAGGUUGGGCGCAAGACCGGCAUCACGCUGAAAGACACGGGCGUACGCGACGAGCAUGGACUGGAGCCAUUAUCUGGCAUCUACUCUUCACCUGGCUCGGCGCAGCAGAAUGGCAGUAAGACUCUCGAGAGCGAUGAAAUGGACGUGCAAAACAGUACGUCCAUUUCACGAAUCUCCUCUCUCACCGGCAAUACUGACAUGGUACCUCUAGGCUCCGCGCCAGAUGUAGCGACGACACUCAGUCAGCGCAGAACACCGCGCUUCCCGCCCCCCCGCCAGUCAACCCCAAGGCAUACAAACAUUGGCUCGCCCAGGCGCAUGUCUUCGGUCAAACAGAACACUCGAGCGAAAGGUGCGGUCGAUGAGGACGACGAAGACGCGCACGCGCAGCCCCGGGCGAACCGACGUCUGGACUUUGGAGGACCCUCCAACAGGGACAACAAGAGGGCUUCGGUUGUAGACGCGCAAAGUCCGUUCAAACCUAAGAAAGUCUUGAGAAGGUCAACGGGGCCCGCGCGACGAGAUCCAUUCGACUUGCAUGAUGAGGAUGAUGAUUCCGACGGUGCGAAAACUUCCAUUGAACACACGAACGGCGUUCUGGACGACGACGAGAAUGUCGAGGAGUCCAUCGAAAGAGAUGACCCUCCCGUUUUCAUGGACGAUGGAGACUCAUAUCCUAUGGAAACAGAGCAUACUGCUGUGAGCUUGGACGAGCCAAACCAGCAGCAAGCUGGCGAAAGUCCCUUGAAACGCAAACGUGGCCGGCCGAGGAAAUCUGAUCGAUCUGUUGACAAUAGCCAACUUAGUGCGUCAACAGGAUCCGGCAAGAAGCGCACCAGGAGCAGUAUAGAGAAUGAUCAGUCUCUAAACGACAGCACAGCGUCCGCUGGACACGCCUCGAUGGGGCCCCCGCCCAAGCGACAUCGAUCUUCGAAUGCAGACAAAGUCAUCAUACACCACGAUGAAGGAACCGAAGCCAUUGAUCCGUCCAUGAUUGCGUUUGGAGACGAAUAUCAGGCAGACGGCGACAUGGUCCCAGAAGAUGAGGCCGGUGCGCAAACUCAACUAGACGCUCAACUUGAAGAACAACAAGAACCACAGCCUGCGAAGAAAGGCAAGGGACGUCCUAAAGGGAAAGGCAAAGCCGCUGCAACGAGAGAGACAAGUUCGAAGGCCGCAGCGCAGAAGAAGGGUAGUCCUGUGAAGCUUGAUGGGUCACCUUCGAAGAAAGCGCGGAGUGGCAGUGCUGGCCCAAUUAGCAAUGUCAACUUGCGAGCCACUACUCCUUUCGAGGACGCAUCCCAUCAGGUUUCGCGCGCUGGGCGCAACCUGAUCCAGCCGCUGAAGUUCUGGGAGAACGAAUCUCGGAUUUGGCGAGCUGGUGAAAUUGAAGGCAUUGUACGUGCAGAACAAGUCGAGAAGCCCAAGCCUGUCAAACGCAAGAAGAAGGGAAGGAAAGGAAAAGGAGGUCGACUUCAAGAUAUCGCAGAAGAAAGCGAGGCUGAGUCGGUCAUGCCAGACGAAUGGGAAGAGGAAAUGGGCGUGAUCACCGGCACCGUCGCCAGCUGGGAUCCAGCCACGAAGAACGGCGAUGCAAACAACCCUGUGCAAGAAGGUAUGGUUGCAGAUGCCUUGUGUUUGGCUUUCAUCUGAUGUUCUACUAACCACACACACAGAUCUCGCGUUCGCAGCUUCGUCAAUCAUAACGCGUGACGUUGCCGGAAGCGAAUUCAAAUAUGCCAAGAUCAUGACGAUACCCUUCUUUGGCGCCGGCGUUGUCGAACUGCCUCCGGAAGGCUUUAAACGCGCCAAGAACAGCCGCAAGAUGCAGAUGGUCUUCUUUGUUCACGAGGGCAAAGUCUUGGUGGAGGUUGGCGCGAUGGGUCUGGAGGUCAACUCAUUUGCGCUCAGCAAGGGUGGAGUUUGGAUUGUCCCAAGAGGUAACGUUUCCCCUUCAUCAUUCCUUUCAUCCCCAUCCUUUCUCCGGAAUCGUGCCCACAAUUUCGCCGGAACAUGUCUGGCUCGGCAUCGGCCACGCUUCGUCUCCUCGCUGUCCUUGUCAAGCGGACAGGCUCUGUUAUCUCGACCAUGGAUCUGAGGCGCGUAUGCGGGUCCAACUCAUGGCUCCAUACGAAGCGGUGAACUCACCGCAACAACCGCAAUGGCACUCUGGAGUCCGGAUCCCUUGAAAGAAGAUGCAAGCGGCCUAGCGGUGCGCCUGCGGCCGCGACUCGAGCCAAAUGGACCGUUGUCCGGGGCGGUGUAUGUGCGACCAGCGCUGUCACCUUAGAAUUCGGUUGCACGUUCGUUGCACUGCACGAGCCUCUGCUGGACGACGUGGUACAUACGGCUCGAGGGCGGCUCGGGCGGCAGCGACAGAAACCAGAAAAGGAGCCCGCUUGUGCUGGUGCCUUGUCGCCGCGGUUGCUGCUGUGCAACAGAACUGUCGCUCGCCUGUCGGCAUGACAAGGCUAGGAUGUGCUCGGAUGGGGGAAAGCGGUGCAGCCGGACUACUGGAAUCCUGCUCUCGAAACUGGCCUGUUCCCUGUGCUGCUGCUUGCUUCUGCUGACGCCACCUUGCCGCGCUCUCUAAUGGUUUGGAUGAGCGCGAGUGGACGACGAAAGGCCUCAACUGUGCAACGUUACAACGCAUUACCCGCCGCCGGAGCCGAGUGGUCUUCGUGUGCCCAUGUCCAUCUUCGCCUCGCUCUGAAAUUCGCUAUCUUUGCGAUUCAUCGUUCGCAUAUGCGAACAACCCUGGCACUCACAUACACGUGAUUGAUUCACCAGGAUGAACUGGGGCUAAUCCAUACUCUUUGUGCAUACAGGGAAUAAUUACGCCAUUACAAACGAGAGCAGCACGACGACUGCCAAGAUUUUCUUUGCACAGGGAUGUGUGGUUGAGGGAGCGGAAUAG